GAAAUCCGUAUAAAAAAGGCGAUGCUUCUUCAACCCGAUCAUCAGUUCGAGUCCCAUCGCCGUCUCGUUCUAACCAAUUCCGCCAAUAUCUUUCACGAUGCGUUUCUCCAUUUCGGCUAUUGCCUUGCUCUGCCUCGCUGGAUUCGUUCAUUCAAAUUCCCUGGCCAAUCUAAGACGCCAUACUGGAGCUGAACUACCCACCAUUUCUAUCGUCGGUGGAACGCCGGCUGUGGCUGGGGAAUUUCCUUACUUGACUGUUUUGCGUUUAAGCGGCUAUUUGUGCGGUGGUACUUUAAUUGGACCUAAUCACGUUUUGACUGCUGCCCACUGUCUCUCCGAUUUUCCUGCCACAGCCGUUUCGGGAUUCAAAGUUUUCGCAAACACUUUGUCAGUGAAUGGCGGCGGAACUGGCUCUGUUACGAGUGGAGUCAAGAAAUUCAUCAUCCAUGAGAACUACAACGCCAACAAUAACGAUAACGACGUGGCUAUUCUGGUUUUGAAUACCACCAUUACCACCGUCCCUUUCAUUGCCCUUCCAACCGAUCCAGCCGCAACAACUCUUAACCCAAACCUAACAACAACUGUAAAGACCACAACGAAACCAACGACUACCACGAAACCCACCACUACCAAACCCACUACAACCAGACCCACUACAACCAGACCCACUACAACCAGACCCACUACAACCAGACCCACUACAACCAGACCCACUACAACCAGACCCACUACAACCAGACCCACUACAACCAGACCCACUACAACCAGACCCACUACAACCAGACCCACUACAACCAAACGCACUACAACCAGACCCACUACAACCAGACCCACUACAACCAAACCCACCACUACGAAAUCUACUGUAAAGACUACAGUAAAAACUACGUUAAAGAUAACAACCAAAACGCCAGUAGUGCGAGCUUUUAGUAGCUACACGAACGAGACGGCCGUCAUCGCUGGAUGGGGAACAACAUCUUUUGGUGGCGCUAUUUCUACUGUGUUGCUGAAAGCCAACGUCACCGUUCUGGCCAACUCGAUUUGUUCCAGCCAAUAUGGCAGCACUUUCGUGGGCGCUGAUCAGUUGUGUGCCGCCGCUCCGGGCAAAGACACUUGCCAGGGUGACAGUGGUGGCCCAAUUAUCGUCAAGGGAGUUCAAAUAGGUAUCACCUCCUACGGCAACGGCUGCGCUCUUCCUGAUUAUGCCGGAGUGUAUACCAGAGUUUCUACCUACGUUGACUGGAUAGCGAAAACGCGAGCCAAUAAUCCAUAGGAAAAAUUUGAAAUAUCGUUCCCAGUUAUUCAUUGGAUAACCGGCGAAAUAACGAAACUGAAUUUUUCAUUUCAAAUUGGCUGUAACGAAGUUUUCUGUUUUGCUUGAGCUGUUGCAUUUCAAUGUGCAUAAUUAUGAAUUUUACUUUCUUUUGAUUGAUUGGGAAUGGCAGAAAUAAAAUUGGUAUGCAGCAAA